AUGAAGGCUCGAACGUGUGGUGCGCCGUGCGUCGCUUCCUCUCUGUGGUGGAACGCGAAGCGGAGAAUUCCUACCACAGCCCAUUGCCGAAUGACAAGACGAACCCUUCUUCCACCUCGUCCAACUGGACAAGAGCCACGAAACCUGCGUCGGUCGGUUCAUGGCGUGCAGCUUCUCCCCUUCCUCCGCCACGAGGCUCCAGGCGGUGGACGCGGCGGCCGUGAAGAGCGCAAGGGUGCCCCUCAAGGCGUCGGUCUCGCCCGCGCCGAGAUCGCUGGGCGGCUGCAGGGCUGCCCGCCAGGAAUUCGAGGGCGCGACACAGGAUCCAAGCGUCUCAGAGGCUUUAAAUCCAUCUACUUAGCAAAUCCAAACCAAAAAUCAGAAUUUACUGACGCCGACAUCUCGUCUUCUGAAGUUUCUUCGGCACGUACACAGCUGGAUCUCCUGGAGCAACUGACGUCGUCCUCCACACCUAAUGGCACCGAGAAUGAAACCGCUACGGAAACCCGUGUGCUCACUACCAUCCGCGAGCAGCUGGUAGCGCUGUACGGUGACAGGGGAGGCGAAUUCACAUUCACCCUCCCGUUGGGCAAGAGGCUCAGGGAAGGCCUCAAGACCCUCAACACCCUCACUGUCUCACAGAGGAGGAACAUCAAGAGGCAGGCCAUGCUCACCAAGGUUAGCGGGAGGAAUGACUCGGUGUUCUUCGCGACUGUCGGUGCAUUCGUCCUCGUGCCGCCUAUCGCAAUUUUAGCUAUCGCUGUCUUAACUGGUUAUGUCCAGCUCUUGCCAUGA